AUAAAAUCAAAAUAGGCAGGAACCCAAGUGCCUCAUUGCGUCCUUCGUAAUCAUACAACACCGUCGGCAUCUACUCUCUCUCUCUCUGCCAUUUGAUUUUCUUUUUCCUUUUUCAUUUUUGACGCAGUGGUUGUAGUUCUUCCACCAUGUAUUUUCUACUAUAAAUUUGAUCUGCUUCUCUCGCUUAAGGGGUUUCUGUUCCGAUUCCGUUUCUUGUUACCUCAGGCUAUAGUUUCGCCUGCUUUCCAACAUGGCUAGCGACAAGGGCAUCAGUCUUGAGGAGAUUAAAAAUGAGUCUGUUGAUCUGGAAAGAAUUCCAAUUGAGGAAGUGUUCGAGCAGUUGAAAUGUUCAAGGGAAGGUCUAACGUCAGAGGAAGGAGCCAACAGGCUUCAAGUUUUUGGACCAAACAAACUAGAAGAGAAAAAGGAAAGCAAAGUUCUCAAGUUUUUGGGUUUUAUGUGGAACCCAUUAUCUUGGGUCAUGGAAGCUGCUGCAAUCAUGGCUAUAGCCUUGGCAAAUGGCGGUGGAAGACCUCCAGAUUGGCAGGAUUUUGUUGGUAUUGUUGUCCUAUUGGUGAUUAACUCGACAAUCAGUUUCAUCGAAGAAAACAAUGCUGGCAAUGCUGCUGCAGCCCUUAUGGCUGGUCUUGCCCCCAAGACUAAGGUUCUGAGAGAUGGUCGGUGGAGUGAACAGGAUGCUUCCAUUUUGGUUCCAGGAGACAUUAUUAGCAUCAAAUUGGGAGAUAUUAUUCCUGCUGAUGCCCGUCUUCUAGAGGGUGAUCCUUUAAAAAUUGACCAAUCUGCUCUAACUGGAGAAUCCCUUCCUGUUACUAAGAACCCUUCAGAUGAAGUAUUUUCUGGCUCAACUUGUAAACAGGGUGAAAUAGAGGCAGUCGUGAUCGCUACUGGCGUCCACACCUUUUUCGGUAAAGCUGCGCAUUUGGUUGAUAGCACCAAUCAAGUUGGGCACUUCCAGAAAGUUCUCACUGCAAUUGGUAAUUUCUGCAUUUGUUCAAUCGCUGUUGGAAUAGCCGUUGAGCUUAUUGUCAUGUACCCAAUACAACAUCGCGAGUAUAGGGAUGGAAUUGACAAUCUUCUGGUUCUCUUGAUCGGGGGAAUUCCGAUUGCCAUGCCUACUGUUUUGUCUGUCACCAUGGCCAUUGGCUCCCACAGGCUCUCUCAGCAGGGUGCUAUUACAAAGAGAAUGACUGCCAUUGAAGAAAUGGCUGGCAUGGAUGUCCUCUGCAGUGACAAAACUGGGACUCUAACCCUGAAUAAGUUGACCGUUGACAGAAAUUUGAUAGAAGUGUUUGCUAAGGGCGUGGAGAAAGAGCAUGUUAUGCUUCUUGCAGCAAGGGCUUCUAGGACUGAAAAUCAAGAUGCCAUUGAUGCUGCUAUUGUAGGGAUGCUUGCUGAUCCGAAGGAGGCGCGAGCUGGUGUCAAAGAGAUUCAUUUCUUUCCAUUCAACCCUGUCGAUAAGAGGACUGCUCUUACCUACAUCGAUGAAAGUGGAAAUUGGCACCGUGCCAGUAAAGGUGCUCCUGAGCAGAUAAUAAACCUUUGCAACUGCAAGGAAGAUGUUAGGAAAAGGGUUCAUGCAGUGAUUGAUAAGUUUGCUGAACGUGGUCUUCGAUCUUUAGCUGUUGCAAGACAGGAAAUACCUGAGAAAACAAAAGAUAGUCCAGGAGCACCUUGGCAGUUCGUUGGUUUGUUGCCUCUCUUUGAUCCUCCUAGGCAUGACAGUGCAGAAACCAUCAGAAGAGCACUUAACCUUGGAGUGAAUGUCAAGAUGAUUACAGGGGAUCAGCUUGCCAUUGGCAAGGAAACGGGUCGGAGGCUUGGAAUGGGAACAAAUAUGUACCCCUCUUCUUCAUUGCUUGGCCAAAACAAGGAUGCUUCAAUUGCAGCCCUUCCCGUAGACGAGUUGAUCGAGAAGGCUGAUGGGUUUGCAGGAGUUUUUCCAGAACACAAAUAUGAAAUUGUGAAGAAGCUGCAAGAGAGGAAGCACAUCUGUGGAAUGACAGGAGAUGGUGUCAAUGAUGCCCCUGCUUUAAAGAAGGCAGAUAUUGGAAUUGCUGUUGCUGAUGCUACUGAUGCUGCUAGAGGUGCUUCGGACAUUGUACUCACUGAACCUGGUUUGAGUGUAAUUAUUAGUGCUGUGCUGACCAGCAGGGCCAUUUUCCAGAGGAUGAAGAAUUACACAAUAUAUGCAGUUUCAAUCACAAUUCGUAUAGUGUUUGGAUUCAUGUUUAUUGCUUUGAUAUGGAAGUUCGAUUUCGCACCAUUCAUGGUUCUAAUCAUUGCCAUAUUAAACGACGGUACGAUCAUGACAAUAUCAAAGGAUCGGGUGAAGCCAUCUCCACAGCCAGACAGCUGGAAACUGAAAGAAAUUUUUGCUACUGGCAUUGUGCUCGGAGGUUACUUGGCACUAAUGACAGUGAUAUUCUUUUGGGUUAUGAAAGACACCGACUUUUUCUCGGACAAAUUUCACGUGAGAUCAUUGAGACAUAACGAUAAAGAAAUGAUGGCGGCUUUGUACCUGCAAGUUAGUAUUAUAAGCCAGGCCCUUAUUUUCGUCACAAGGUCUCGCAGCUGGUCCUUCAUUGAACGACCUGGACUUCUCUUGCUCACUGCUUUUGUACUUGCUCAGCUGGUAGCUACUUUCAUAGCCGUCUAUGCAGAUUGGGGUUUUGCACGUAUUAAAGGAGCUGGGUGGGGUUGGGCCGGUGUAGUCUGGCUUUAUAGUAUUGUAACGUAUUUCCCACUUGAUUGCCUCAAAUUUGCAAUCCGAUACAUUCAAAGUGGGAAGGCCUGGGAUAAUCUUUUGGAGAACAAGACUGCUUUCACUACAAAGAAAGACUAUGGCAAAGAAGAGAGAGAAGCACAGUGGGCAACUGCGCAGAGGACCCUACAUGGUCUUCAACCACCUGAAACAUCCAACGUCUUCUCUGAUAAGAGUAGUUACAGGGAGCUUUCAGAGAUUGCAGAGCAAGCCAAGCGACGAGCUGAGGUUGCAAGGCUAAGGGAGCUUCAUACCCUGAAGGGGCAUGUUGAGUCAGUGGUGAAGCUGAAAGGACUAGAUAUCGAUACAAUCCAGCAACAUUACACAGUUUAAAAAGUUCAUAUAGUCUUCCUUAGAGAGAGAUCUCUAGUUUCAUGUUUUCCCAGAUAAUGCCAUUCAUGAUGAUAGAGAUGGCCUAAAACUUUAUCUCUAGGUCAGAGUGAUAAUCCUCUUGGUAAAAUUCCAGUAGUUACUAUAUUGCCUGUUAAUUUUUAUCUAUUAUAAGUGCAGAAGAAGGCACUGUUCUCUUUUGAAGCCAAA